CGAUCGCACGUGACCCGACUGAUCGCAAACAUGGAGGACGGCGCAAAAAGCAAAAAGACCAUUUUCAUCGGUGGAUUGAGUGAAGAGGCCGAUCAAGAAGCGCUGAUAAACGCUUUUUCAACUUUCGGAGACAUCAUCGAUAUACAGAUCCCCACCGCAUCAUCUGACAACCGGGAGAACCCAAACGGCAUCGCCCAGUUAGCUCCCGGGCCACAUCGAGGAUAUGCAUUCAUUACAUAUUCUAAUGCCCUUGACGCGCAAGAUGCAAUUGAUAAUAUGGAUUUGAAUGUGUUCAGGCAAGUGCGAUGUGGCAGGGUAAUUCGGGUCAAUCUUGCUCGCCCCCAAAAAGGGGCUCUUGCUCAGACUCCAGCAUUCGGGCGGGCCAUUUGGGAGUCAGAAGAAUGGCUCAAAACUUAUGCCAGACCUGUCCAAAGCAUCGGAACAGGGUCAAAGAGCCCUGGAGAACAGGAUGAACAGGCGAACGGUGCGAUGGAAGAAUGAGAUCUGUUAUGUUGAGUUCGCUCACCCUCAACUUCGCUGUUUGAACUUUACUCUUACGGUCCCAAGCACAUUAUAUGGAAUGACAUAAAGCAUGUCAUACAUAAUCAAACCUUGAACAUGCUUCUCGCCUCCGC